AUGAACGCAGCCAAGAAAGUUGCUGUCAUUGCGACAAGCACCCGGAUCCCGCGCAUCGGAACCAAGGUUGCCGACCUGGUCAAAGACAUCAUCGCCAAAGAUGCCGCCGACAACAACAUCGACUUGUCCCUCGUCGAAGUAGCCACCUUCAAGCUGCCAAUCUUUGACGAGGCGAUACUUCCUGCGCAGGUCCCUGCUCUGGGGAAUUUUGCCCACGAACACAGCAAAGCCUGGAGCAGCGAGAUCAGCAAGCACGAUGCCUACAUCAUCGUGGUCCCCGAAUACAACCGAGGGCUCGCCGGAAGCACCAAGAACGCUAUCGACUACCUGUACAACGAGUGGGCCGGCAAACCGAUUGCUGUCGUCAGCUACGGCAUCUUUGGCGGCAACUCGGCGUCGGAGCAGGCCGAGAAGACGCUCGAGGGCAUGAAGCUGCGCGUCGCACCCACCCGGCCUGCCCUCGCGUUCGCCGGUGGUGCUGGGCCGGACUUGAUGGCUGCCGCGGGUCACGGGGAAAUCGGCGAAGAGUCUCGGAAGAAGUGGGAGGCGGAGGCGGGGACGGUUUUGAAGGCGUUCGGGGAGUUGAAGGAGCUUCUUAACGCGCCGCCUGCUGUCGAGGUUGAACAGUGA